AUGACACCCAGCACAAAGCCAACCGUCGCCGUCAUCGGCUGCGGCACCCUCGGAACAGCCAUCGCCACUGGAAUGCUCGAGCCAAAGGACUCUGGAUUCGGCAUCAAACACCUAAUCGCCACCGUCGGAACACAGCCUUCCAAGCAACGCGUGGAGGGCGCCCUUGGUGCCCACGCAUCCAGACUCACAGUCCUCACGCAGGAAGAGAAUGUGCGCGCGGUGCAAGAAGCAGAUAUCGUGCUUCUUUCCGUGAAACCGUUUAAGCGCGCUACGGUCUUUGAUGCACCAGGCUUUAGAGAGGCUAUCCGCGGCAAGUUCGUGCUUAGUAUCAUGGCGGGAAUUACGACGAAGGAGGUGGGUCGUCUGGUAUCUGGGGAUGAUGCAAGCAGUGAAGGACAGCUUCAGGCUGUUCGCGCAAUGCCCAAUAUGGCUGCUCGGAUCCGUGAGGCUGUGACGCUGUAUGCGCCCAGCGCUGGCACGAGCAGGGAGAACGUGGAGAUCGCGUCGUGGAUCCUCAGCCAGGUCGGCGAAGCACAUCAAAUCCCCGAAGGAUCGUUUGAUAUUUGCGCUGUCUUGGUUGGCUGUGCUGGGUCGCUGUUGCUGCUUGCGAUUGACGGCCUGCUUGAUGCAGCUGUUGCAGAGGGCGUGAGGAGGCCCGAGGUGCAGAAUCUGGUUGUCAACAGCGCGAUCGGGAUGAUGAAGCUCGUCCCUGCGGGUGACCAUCCGAGUGUGCUGAGAGAGAAGAUCGCGUCGCCUGGUGGGUGUUCCAUUCGGGCGUUGCUGGAGCUGGAGAGGCUGGGUGUGCGCUCGGCCUUUACGAGUGCUAUUAUGGCUGCGGCCGAGAAGUCCAAGGCCAUGUCAUCGUCGAGAUAG